AUGACUGAAGCCAACCAGAAGCUGCCUACAGACCCCAUCACUGCAGUUGGAAUAGUCACAUCACUCAGCAAGGGCCCUGAUGGCUACUUUGUUGUUGCACAAACAACAGAUGGCUCUGACGCCGACCUGUGGAAGGACGGCUUAUUCAAAUCCAAGGUCACUCGCUACCUCUGUUUCACCAGAAAAACUGGGCCUGAUGUUGUGGUGGAUAUGAAGCUGAUUGACAUUAAGGACACGUUGCCAGAGGGCUUCACACCUGUACAAGAAACAAUGGACAGUAAGGAAACUGCCACAAGGAAGAAGAGGCUCUGUGUGAAAAUCAGCCCUCGUGCUGCUGCCGAGACAGCUGUAUAUGACAUCCAGAUCGUUGCGAAGUCCAAGUACCAUCUUGUUAACUACACGUGUAUAGGCGAGAUGAACAAUAUGGGGAUAUGGUAUCGAGAAGGAGACAUUGUUCAGCAUCAGUCAUCCAUGGAAAAGUCCAGUACAGCCAGUAGUGAUGCCCCAGCCAACGCUGCAAGCAGGAGGACCACGAGCAGGCCAGAUUAUGAGCACCAGAUCAGUGGAAGCCACACCAAGACAGCUCUGGACGACAUACCCUUUCUGAUCUCUGAGAAGUUUCAUUACAAGCCGCAAGAGAUGCAGCAAGUCAAUUUAAUGGGCAUUACGAUCAAAUCCCUGGCAGAGAUCGAGGAGGAAUUCAACUACAACUUCAGCACCGAGCUCAGCAUCGCUCCAUAA